AUGGUUGGUUUGAAUGUCUCCAUCGCCUUUUUUCUCUUCAUAGUGGCACUCUGUGAAGUGACCAGGAAGUUUUCCAGAAGAAUCUUUCCAACGAAGGUGUACCAGUGUCUUGCUAGUGAACUGUCCAGCUCUUUCCAGAUGUGUGCUUGCUACCUUGAACUGAAGAUGCUGUUUGAGAUUGGUCCAUGGGGUGGUGGCUUUGGCCCAGAUGUGAGCCUGACUCUCCUCUUUCUUCUCUUCCUGGUUCAUGGUGCCUCUUUUGACGGAGCUUCUGCUAACCCUGCUGUCUCGCUCCAGGAAUUUCUAGCUUUGGAUUCUUCCUUUGUGGCCCUGGUUGCCAAACUUUUGGCCCAGUUCAUGGGGAUGCAAGCAGCCUGUGCUUUCACCCAGCACUAUUGGUCCUGGGAACUGACAGACUUCCACAUGAUUCAGAACUUAAUGUCCCGUGACUGCACUCCCUCUCUCCACACCUCUGUUCCCCAUGGCACCUUAGUGGAAGCCACAUGCUCAUUUGUUUUCCAGCUAGUGGUUCUCAGGUUCCAGACCAGCUAUCUCAUCUUCAGAGUUCCCAUCACAGCACUUAGUGUUACCAUCUUGGCCUGUACAGCUGCGCCUUUCACAGGAGCCUUUUUUAACCCUGCCCUGGCCUUUGCUGUGACCUUUUCCUGUUCUGGACACAGCCUAUUGGAGUACAUGCAAGUUUAUUGGCUGGGGCCCAUUGCAGGGAUGCUGGUGGCUCUCUUUCUGUUCCAGGGGAACAUCCCACGGUUUUUCCAAAGAAACUUGUUCUACAGUCAGAAGAACAAAUACAAGAUACCCAAGGGGAAACUAAGUCCAGCGUCCAACUGA